AUGAGCUACUCCAGAGCCUUGCUGAUCUCCUUGGAUGAGCGGCAAGAUCGACGUCAACGGUGCCAGGUGCUUCUGACAGAGAUCGCUGCCAAGUUGCAGUGGUGGCCCGCGACCCGUGGACAGGACUUGGCGUGUGAGAAGCUGGGGCCGGAACUGCUCAGCAACUGCCACAGUCAAGAUCCGAAUCUCCCACGAUUUGGAUGCUUGGAGGGUACGUCGAUUUGGUGGAACUACGACUGGCUUCACAUGACGCCGGGGGCGGUUGGGUGUGCCCUGUCCCAUCGGGCCAUCUGGCAGAAUUUGCUGCAUGAGGGAGGAACAUCUCUGACCUUCAGGUUCCGGGCCAACAGGGUGCCAGGGGCAAAGGGUUGGGGCAGCAGCUUGAUUUUGGAUGAGGAUUUCUCUCGAAUGAGCCUCCACCAUUCAAACGAAUGUUCGUCUCGAGCGCUGCGACAGGUGGUGGUGAAUGUGGCUGACGGUCCCACACCACCGGGUGUCUGUGAAGCCUGCGUGAGCUGUUGGACGCGCUGUCGCCCCGAUGCCGUGGUUUCCCAGGUGCCGCCGCGCGACGUGCCGCAUCUCCGGCAGCUGCUGGCUGUGAACGAAAGCACAGAGCUGCUACAACUGGCGGAGCAUCAAGAGACCUGGGUGCUUCUGACAGAGAUCGCUGCCAAGUUGCAGUGGUGGCCCGCGACCCGUGGACAGGACUUGGCGUGUGAGAAGCUGGGGCCGGAACUGCUCAGCAACUGCCACAGUCAAGAUCCGAAUCUCCCACGAUUUGGAUGCUUGGAGGGUACGUCGAUUUGGUGGAACUACGACUGGCUUCACAUGACGCCGGGGGCGGUUGGGUGUGCCCUGUCCCAUCGGGCCAUCUGGCAGAAUUUGCUGCAUGAGGGAGGUGCUGAAGAUUGUUGGCUGGUACUUGAAGAUGACAUCCUGUGGGUUUCAGAGGAUUUGGAUGCCAAGAUCCACCAAGUGAUCUCCAAACUUCCUGACGGAUGGCAUCUUUGCUAUUUGGGUUGGCAUGGCCAAUCCGUGCUGCACUUGGCGCUAGGAGCGCUGGGAGAUGUCGACUGCCUCGAGGCAGCGGUGGAAUUGGAAGAUGUUUCUUCUGUAGAUCAUGGUCCCUUUGGCACCUUCGCGUAUUUGAUCCGUCGCUCUGGGGCCCAACGGCUGCUACAACAUACAUUCCCUUUGCACAGGCAACUUGAUGCACAAAUGGCGGAAGUACAGAAACGCGGCGAUCUUCGUGCUUUCAGAUGUGCUGACAGAUCCUGUCUCUUCUACAGUGCGCCGUGCCAGCUCCUAGACUCAGACGUGCAAGCCUGUUGGUCUGCUGAUCAUGAUGUGCAGCUGCGGACUCUGAAGCUGGGAUUUCGACAGCGGCAGCGAUUUUUGAAUGAGCGAGUGAAGCACGGACACCUUCCUCCACUCCGACUCCCAUCACCGCAGAUCUCCUUGCCCGAUCUGGGCCCUGCACGCCUUCUGCAUCCCCGGUGCCACGUGGCAUGCGUCGUGGUGGACUCCGGAAGCCCCGACGUCCCGGGCCUUGAACGACAGGUCUGGCAACUGCUGCAAGCAGCGCGAGGGGUGGACUGGAAGAUACUACUGCUGUGGUUUGGGCACAGCUCAGCUGUUUGCCGCGAGGUUGCCACAUCUUUGGGUCUGCCCCUGGGCUCAGUGUUCUUCCAGAACUUGAGGAACAGCCUGGAAGCGGAAUGUCCAGGCGCGGAAAAGCUGGUGACGGAGGGCAGCGAACAGCUGGUGGCCAACUUGUUGACCCUGCCGCUUCUGCUGGGUCUUUGCUCCGAAGACCUGCUGCUCCUCUCUGGGAACGAUGCAGGUGCCGCACAGGUCUUGGUGGAUGGCAACAGAGUCGCGCAAGGAUUGGUCGCCUUUCGUUCUGAGAUCUCGGAGCCGCAGCCACCGUGGCUGCUGGCAGCCUUUGAGGACUUGCGUGACGAUCCAUCUGUGAGUUACCUCGUUCCGGAGGAGGCCAUGGUGUCGCCUCCGGUGGAGCUGCUGCAGCUCUUCUUCCGCGCCAGAAGCUGGGCGAAGAUGGCCCCCUGGAUGCGGGAACUGCUGCGCAUCGCCCUGAGGCUGCUGGAACUGGCAUCUUCUCAGCUGAGGACAGCCAUCAGUCCGGUGCAAGCCGUUUCAGCCGCAACACGUUGCAUCCUGGGUCUUUCUCAAGUGGCCUUGGAGCUCAAAGAUAUGCCAAGCUGGGAAGUCAGCGCUGCCGGCGUCAGCACCCGUCGCAGCGCCCAAUUCGAGGGCUAUGCAGAGGUGGCCAGAGCCACUCAGCUGGGACGCUUUCGAUGCAUGGACGCUGUGGAUUGGCCCCUUGAUGUGAAAGGCCCGCUGGCGGCAGAGACUUCAUGGCUGGAGCUGUCCACAGGUGAACCUGCGGGGCCUCACCGUUGGUUUUGGGGAUGCUUUGGGAAGGUUGCGCCACUCAGUGAGUGGCUGCAGCAACAGGAAAGCCUGGUUGGCGCCAUGGUGGAUCCUUCCACUGAAACAUGGGCCAUGGAGGCGCUGGUUCAGCCAGAACUUGAGAUCUUUGCGGAAGGAGUGGAAUGCAAAGUCUUCUACAUCCCAAAGUUGCUAAGUCAACAGGACUGUCAAAAUCUGAUAGCCCUGGCCUUGCAACUGCAACAGCCUCAAAGCGCUGCUGCUAGCACCGUACCGUUGCCUUCGCAGCUCCUGGCCUCCCUUGGCGUCGAAGAUCGCCUGGACGUCGCCCCGUCGGCGACGUGGCUCUCGGCGGCGCCGGCGGCGCUGCUGUGGGAGGCGCCGGGCGCUGCGCUGCGACGCCAGGGGACGUCAGUGAAGCUCACCGCGUGGUUGACGCCGCCGGGGGAAGUUGUCUUCCCCUGGCUGGGAAGCUCCGACAGCACCGCCCUCAACGACAGUGCGCAGCUCGCGGAGUUGGAUGGUGUGAGGCUGUCAGCGCAGCAGGGCGAUGCGAUGCUGGUGGAGCGCGGCCCUGAAGCCGGCAGCCGCGGCAGCCGGGAAGCGUGGCAUGUCCAAUCCUCCACCACUGGGACCUGGACCCUGCAGAAAGUGUGGCAAAAGUGGGACCAACGGCUGCCAGAGGAUGUUCAGAUUGGGAUUGGGGGGGAAAAAAAACAUCAAAAACACCAAGAAAAAUGGGGUGUUCGUCAGGUCCAGUUGGAAAAUCUAUAG